CUGAGUCCAGCCGCCUGGAGGCGCUCGAGACGCUCUGCUUCACUCUGCAGCGCUCGUGAGGAUGACUCGGUGUGCGCAUGCGCGAGAGACUGAGAGCUGUACGGUGAGGAAAUUCAUGUUCAGUGAGGCUCCUCCCACAAUAAUCACACAUUCAGCAAUUCACCAAUAAAUGCGGGAUUAUUCCUAUCAGUUUACAAGUGAAGACGAGCAUCAGAGCAUCAGGAAGAGCUGAAAUCUGCAGAGACUGAGUUUAUUAAAGAGGACAGAGAGAAGAUGAGAGAUCCAGAACCCUGCAGAAUCAAACACACUGAAGAUACUGAACAACAAACAGAGUUGAUUGAAGACAAUGAGGUGAAAGAGGAAUUGAGUGAAGUUGAGGAGAAAAAUCAUGUCAAAAGUGGAGAAAAACCCAAACUGAAAGAUUUAAAGAAAAUAAGAGCCAAGAAAUCUUUCACCUGCACUCAGUGUGGAAAGAGUGUCUCAAGCAAACGUAGUCUUAAGCAUCAUAUGAGAGUUCAUACUGGAGAGAAACCGUUCACUUGUGAUCAGUGCGGGAAGAGUUUCAGACAAUCAUCACAUCUUAAGGGUCACAUUUACAUCCACACUAGAGAGAAACUGCACACAUGUGAUCAAUGCGGGAAAACAUUUUUGUGGUCUUCAGCCUUGAGGACACACCUGACAAUUCAUACAAAGGAGAAGCCACAUUCGUGUCAUUUGUGUGGAAAGAGUUUUUCAUUACUACAAAGUUUGAAAGUACAUCAGAAAAUACAUACUGGUGUGAGAGAGUACAUGUGCUUUGAGUGUGAAAAGACUUUUACUACAGCGAGCCAUUUAAAACUGCAUGAGAGGAUUCACACUGGAGAGAAACCUUACAAGUGUUCACACUGCGACAAGAGAUUCAGUCGGUCAUCACAUCUGAAAACACAUGAGAGGAUCCACACUAGAGUAAAACCUUAUAUGUGUUCACACUGUGACAAGGGAUUCAGUCAGUCAGGACACCUGAAAAUACAUGAGAGGAUGCACACUGGAGACAAACAGUACAAGUGUUCACACUGUGACAAGAGAUUCGUUCAUGCAGGACAUCUGAAGACACACGAGAGGAUUCACUCUGGAGAGAAACCGUAUCACUGCACUGCAUGUGGGAAGCAUUUCAACCAAUCAUCUAAUCUAUACACACAUACACAAAAAUAUCACAGUAAUUAGAUCAUCUUCAGAUCCAGCACUUUCAGGUGUGAUUCCGCAUCCACAAAAUACAACACAAUGCAUCAAGCAAUAAAAUAUAAUCUAGAUAAAAGUAAAGAAACAUUAUCUAAAGUUUUCACAGUGAAUAAAGUUCAUUUUCAUCUUCAAAACCAGCAGAUUCAGAUCAACUCAAAGACGUCCAAAAGUUAUAUUCUUGUAUGUCAUUUUGCUUCAUGAUAAAUCAUAUCAUUGUGCUUUCUUAUGAGUUUCAUAUGUUUAAUAAGCAGGAUUGUAAGAAUAGUAAUAUCAUUAAAACUAGAUACCAUUCCUACUUGUAAGUCAGUAGGAGAGAGAUCCAGCUCAUUAGUUUUCACUUUUACUUUAGCUCGUUUCUGUAUUUGCUGAUUAGAUUCUGAUUAAAUGUAAUUAUUGAUUAAAUGAAACCUUUUUUAUUAAUGCAUUAUUUUAAAAUUUUAUCAACAGUUUUUAUUGUCUGCUGGUUGUAUUUGAAUCAGGAAAAAGUAAUUUUAUAAAUUUAGUUUUAAUAUCUAAAUGCCAUGAAGUAUUGUAAUUGUUUUUUGGGCUUUUAAAUUUCUCAAUGAAGCUUUUAUUUGCCUAAUAA